AUGGUCGCUACGUCAGGUGCAGAGAUAGCAAGUGGCAACGUCGCCACGUUGACCAAGGUCGACAAGCUACGUGAGCUGAUCGGCACGCGAAUCUCACUUCCUCAGAUCGUCGCUGUUGGUGACCAGAGCGCUGGUAAGAGCUCCGUCUUGGAGGGUAUCACCGGGUUCGCCUUCCCUCGUGGCGCGGAGCUCUGCACUCGAUAUGCUACGCAGAUCACCUGCUGCCGGCAGCCCGAGCAGAGCGUUACAGUAUCCAUCAUCCCCCAUCAGGAUGCCACGGAUGUUGAAAAGAACAGGCUGAAGCAGUUUCGAGAGGCACUCACGGAUAUGGACGAUGAGAAACUUGCUGCUAUCUUCACCAAGGCAAACGCCGCCAUGGGAAUUCAGAUCAGCUCGGACGAAAACAACGAGACAGUUACCACGGCCUUCCCAGCCUUCAGCGAGCAUAUUCUCAAGAUCGAGAUAUGCGGCCCCGGCCAAGAGCACUUCACAGUGAUUGACGUUCCGGGUAUAUUUCGACGAGAGACAGCUGGUCUGACCACAGAACGUGACAUUAAUCUUGUCCGAAAGAUGGUCAAGAAAUUCAUGAGUAAUGAAAGAACCAUUAUCCUCGCCAUUAUACCGAGCAAUGUUGAUGCAGCUACUCAAGAAAUCCUGAAACUGGCCAAAGAAGUCGACCCAACCAUGACUCGAACCAUGGGAGUCCUGACCAAGCCUGACUUGAACAUCGAACGAGCUACCCAGAAGAUUGCCAUCGAUCAUGUCACAGGCAAGAGGAGCGAUUUGACAAUGGGUUACUACAUUGUCAAGAAUCGUGGCUCCGAUGAUGACAAGAAGUCUCUUAAGGAAUGCCAGCGUGAUGAAGCACAGUUCUUUGCUCAGGAGCCUUGGUCUAUCCUCCAGAGCACCGGCCGAGCUGGUACCAGUGCUCUGAAGAUCCAAGUGCGCAAGGUCUUGUCUAAUCUCAUCAAAAGCGAGUUCCCCAAGUUGAAGCAGGAGGUGAGUAGCGAGCUCGAGCACCUUCACAAGCGACGUGAUGCCAUGGGGGUCUCGCGAAACAACCCACAGGCGCAAAGGGCUUUACUGAGCACUAUAUGUACUCGGUUCCAGUCCAGCGUCCGUGAUGGGCUCGAUGCGAACUACAUGACCAACAAGAGUCUCUUCAGUCACGAUAGCCUCCGGCUGAUCACGAGAGUUUUGGAACUGAGCGAAAUAUACUCGGAGAUUAUGACCAAACAGGGUAGAACGCGGCGGUCUGAGAAUGAAUUGGAAAACGACAAAUCCGAGUUGAUCGCAGAUGCUGAAUCUUGCAUUGAUGCGAACAGUAAGGACGACUCAAUCACCUCAGGCGUCGAUAGCGACAUUCGACUUGUUAUCCCUCACGCAUUCAAGCAGCACAUCGAUGGAAAAUCAAGCAAGGCCGUCAAUCUCAACGAUUUCCCUGAGUUGGACUCAAUUCUGAAGCUUGAUGACUCACUCCAUGUGGGAGAUGAAGACAUAAUGACCUACAUCAGGUCGAUGUACAAUCAAAGUCGUAGCGCUGAUCUUGCUUCUUUUGGUGGUUGGCUACUUGCCAGUCUGUUCAAAGAGCAGUCGAAAAACUGGGAGCCUUUGACGCUACAGUAUGUCAGCAUCGCCAUUUGUUUCGUCCAUCACUUCAUGAAGGAGGCCCUGCAUGAUGCCUGUCUCGACAAAGCCAUCUUCGAAACACUCUGGAAUGAUCUAUUGAUCGAAGGCCUUCAAAGUGCAUAUGCUCGAGCAAUGAAUCACGCCAAAUUUCUGCUGCAAGUUGAUCAAGGUGGUCGACCCUACACGCUGAAUCACUAUUUCAACGACAACCUGCAGAAGGCUCACAGUCAACGCCUAACAGCUAAAACGAAGGGCUCUCAGGUCACUUCAAAGGAUGGAGAUCAAGCAUUUAUUUCAGUGGAGAAGCUGAAGAAUAUUGUCAUCAAUAAGGCAAACUCUGAACAUGCUUGUGAGCAUAUCCAUGACGUCCUCCAAAGCUAUUACAAGGUUGCGAUGAAACGUUUUGUCGACAACGUCUUCCAGCAGGCGGUGGAUCACUUCUUGUUAAUUGGUGAUGAGAGCCCUCUCAAAAUCUUUACACCCGAGCUCAUCAUGAGCCUGGAUGACGAACAACUUGAGAUGAUUGCUGGGGAGGACAUUUCGGUCAAAGCUCAGAGGGACAAGCUUGACGCGGACAUAGCCGACUUCAAAGCGGCCCUGAAUGUUCUGCGAGGAAUGAAGUAG